CCUUGAACCAGCCCGUCUACGGAUUAUUAGACAUUCCCUGCUUGAACCUGAACCCAUCUUCUUUUACUGUCUAUGCUUGAACCAGAUCGCUUUAAAAAGACUUUGCUUGAAUUGCUUGAACGGAAGAGUCAGGUCAACGCAAGGAUAAAUAAUCAGUAGCACGAGGUUCACUAGACUCCAAGAGUUUAAAGUCGGCUAUAUUCGGUAGCUGACGAUAUGAAAUAACUGCAAGGAAGGACUACAGGGACAUUUACUUUAAAGCUGUCUGUCAUGGCUGGAUACUGUAGGACUGCGUUGAUAUCAACUCUGCGUCGUUCGUUCGGUGAAAUUCGGCAACCAUGCACCAAGAUAUUUCAUCUAAACAAACCUUCUCCAACCCAAGUCAUGUGGCUUUCAUGUAACCGACAUGAUCGGCCACGGUAUCAUCACUGGUCUACCAGUCAAUCACAUACCUUUCUUCUGAACGUCAAGUCAACGUGGACGUCAUGUCGGAGUAUCCAGUCGCCCGAGGCAGGUGCUCCAUUCAAGGAGAAUGAGUACCCACCUCUACCAGAGUAUACGGAAAACUCAAAUCCUGAGACAAAGGAUGUUUACGUAGUCCAUAUCAAGGGCUUGGUCCGGUCUUGCAAGACAGAGGAUAUAUUGGAGUUUUUCUCUGAUUGCAGGAUUCGUCAAGGGGCAAAAGGAGUUCAUUUUAUGCAUCACAAAGAUGGGAGGCCGAAUGGACAAGCCGUCUUGGAAAUGGAGACUGAGGAGGAUGUCAGCAAGGCUCUGGAGAGACACAAGCAGUACCUAGGAAGUCGCUAUAUUGAGGUGUUUGAGGUGGCAGAAGAAGACGAGCAGGGAGUCAUGCAGAGCAUUCUGCAGGGAAUCAGUCCUCCAGUGAAUGAAGGAGUGGUCAGGCUCAGAGGCAUGUCUUUCAGCUGUACAGAGAAGGACAUCAUCCAGUUCUUUUCAGGAUUGGACAUUGUGGAGAAUGGGGUGACUCUGCUACUUGAUCGAAAAGGGCGGUGCAAAGGGGAUGCAUACGUUCAGUUUGCCUCCCAGGAGAUGGCUGUGAAGGCGCUGGAAAGAGACAGGGAAGUGAUGGGACGCAGGUAUAUUGAGAUAUUCCCCAGCAGUAAAAAGGAGAUUCGCCAGAAAACCCAGGAGCCAGCUGAUUUUCCAAAGAACAGAACCCCCUAUCCAAACAGAGGCACGCACACCCCUGCAGCCUCAGAGACCGCUGGAAUACAUCGGCUCAGAGAAGGAAGAUCUGCUCCAGUCUCUGCUGUUCCCAUUCACUAUGUGCACAUGAGAGGGCUACCAUUUGGAGCUACGGCUGAGGACAUUGUCAAAUUCUUUGCUCCAAUGAGGGUCGCUAGGAUCAUGAUGGACUAUCGCUCAGACGGCCGGGCAAGUGGUGAGGCAGAGGUGCACUUCAGAAACCAUGAGGAUGCAGUGGACGCCAUGUCCAAAGACAAGGAGUAUAUUGGUAACCGAUAUAUUGAGUUAUUUCUGCACUCAAAUAGUGAACAGUCAUAAGGUAGAAGUCACCAUCUCCUACAACCCAGCUGCAAUAUUUAUUGGACUAUGUGCUUAACAUGACUAGUGUAAUACAAUAAACCACAUCCUUUCUAUGUGUUA